AUGUUCAAGGCCGCUCGCCUGCGGCCCCCCCUGCGGUGGCGCCCGCCACCGCCGCUCUGCCGGGCGCUGUCAUCAUCGUCAUCUACUACCACCCCGACCACCCCAACCCCGGCCGCCGCCCCCGACGGCGCCGUCGUCCUCUCGGGGAUCCAGCCGACGGGCGUGCCGCACCUGGGCAACUACCUGGGCGCGCUGCGGCAGUGGCGGCGGCUGCAGGACGGCGCGCCCGCGGGGGCGGCGCUGCUCUACUCGGUCGUGGACCUGCACGCCAUCACGGCUGCUGCUGCUGCGCCCCAGGGGCCGCCCGGAGCAGCGCUGCUGCGCCAAUGGAGGCGCGGGGCCGUGGCCGCGCUGCUGGCCGUCGGGCUGGACCCGGCCCGGUGCGUCGUCUUCUUCCAGUCGGCCGUGCCGGCGCACGCCGAGCUCAUGUGGAUCCUGAGCUGCACGGCGUCGGUCGGGUCGCUGUCGCGCAUGACGCAGUGGAAGUCGAAGCUGUCCAUGGACGAGUCCAAGUCCUUCAUGGACGACAAGGUCAAGAAGAAGCUGAAGCUCGGCCUCUUCUCCUACCCGGUCCUCCAGGCGGCCGACGUGCUUGUUCAUAGCAGAGCAACUCAUGUCCCGGUCGGAGAGGACCAAAAGCAGCAUCUCGAAUUCGCACGCGAGUGUGCUACCAACUUCAACGCCGCCUACGGACAACUCCUCGUGCCUCCCGAAACCAUCAUAUCACCCUCCGCCCGCGUCAUGUCCCUCCGGGACCCGCAGCAAAAGAUGUCCAAGUCGAGCCCCAACGCCAACUCGCGCAUCCUCCUGACCGACACGGCCGACGAGAUCCGCAGGAAGAUCGCCGCCGCCGUCACGGACCCGCUCGAGGGCGGCGUCCGGUACGACCGCGAGGCCCGGCCCGGGGUGGCCAACCUCCUGUCCCUCCUCAGCGCCUUCGACCCGGAGGGCAGGACGGCCGCGCAGCUGGCCGAGCCGGGCGCCUUUGGCGGCCGCCCCCGCGGCGAGCUCAAGGGCGCCGUCGCCGACGCCGUCGUCCGCGGCCUCGACGGCAUCCGGGACAGGUACCUCGAGCUGCUGUCGAGGGACGGCGGCAGGUACCUCGACGAGGUCGCCCUCCAGGGCGCCAUCAAGGCACGCGAGAACGCCGAGAGGACGAUGCGGGAGGUGCGCGAGGCCAUGGGGCUCUCAUGA